AUGAGCUGCAGCUGCAGCACCAUGCAUUAGCCUCUGAGUUUGUUUAAGAAGGCCAAAAGCAAAAGAAAUCAUUCUUUUCAAGGUUUGGACAUGACUUUUAAACUUCACACCCAAUCUCGACUCCUUGACCUGCACUGCUCCGUAGGUCUGACAGACUGGGACAUGGACCAGGAGCUCAAACUGGCAACAACUACUGAUCAAUUUUGCCAUGAUGAUGAACUUGAUGAUCCAUAUGUGACGCAGAGGACUUUGGCCUCCCAAAGAAAAGAUGACUUCAUUUGGUAUGAUGAAACAUCUGACACCUUUGUGAAGCCAAACCCGUGGCUCCUAGUCAAUCCUAACAUUGCCUGUCCCAUCGUCUACGGAGAACCCGCUGCAGGUCAACUGAAUCACCAAGACCGUUCCGAGGAACCCCUAAUUCCAAUGACGUGUUCGCCAGUCGGAGAACAGCAAACGUCAUCUCCUCAGGAUGCCGUCUCAUGUCAGACAGCACAACGCAAACGCAAGGGGAGAACCCCAAAGGACGAUAAAUCCUUGAAGCCAGGAUGUUGGCCUCGGCCACCAGUGAAUUAUUACAUCCUCAUUGCUCUGGCACUUAAAAGCAGCCACAAUGGGAGCCUCAAAGUUCAACAGAUUUACAACUUCACCAGAGAACACUUUCCUUUUUUUCAGACCGCUCCUGAUGGCUGGAAAAACACAAUUCGCCACAACCUGUGCUUCAACAGCAGCUUCCGAAAAACCUGCAACCAGAUGUGCAGGGAUGGUAAAAGGAAGUCCUGCUUUUGGUACCUGACUCUAGAAGGCCAACGCCGACUGGAGAAUGAGCUCCGCAUGCUGCCGGCAGAAUCUUUAAAGCAGUUGGAGAGAAGCAUGUCCCAUCCAGAUAUAAUUGCAGAAGUUCUUGGAAUGUGA